AUGGCUGUUCUUGCUACCGUUGCCGGUCCAUUGGGCGACUUCACCGCCAAAUCUUCAAAUUUUGUCCUUGCAAUCACUGGCUUCGCCUCCUUUAUCCUGGUGGCAGUGGUUCUGAACGUCCUCAAGCAACUCCUGUUUAAGAAGGCAAAUGAGCCGCCUGUCGUUUUCCACUGGCUUCCUAUUAUUGGAAGCACGGUGACGUAUGGCAUGGAUCCCUAUGCUUUCUUCUUCCGCAACCAGAAGAAGUAUGGCAACGUGUUUACGUUUAUACUGCUGGGGCGCAAAAUGACGGUGUGCUUGGACACCACGGGCAACAACUUCAUCUUGAACGGCAAGAUCAAGGAUGUGAACGCCGAGGAGAUUUACUCGCCACUUACCACGCCCGUAUUUGGAAAGGAUGUCGUGUACGAUUGCCCCAACUCGAAGCUCAUGGAGCAGAAGAAGUUUGUCAAAUUCGGCCUCACACAAGAGGCGCUCCGAUCCUACGUCGUCAUCAUCACUCAAGAAACGGAAGACUUCCUCAAGCGCCACAAGGCUUUCAAAGGCCAGAAGGGCACGUUCGAUGUCACAAAGGUCAUGGCUGAGCUCACCAUCUACACCGCCUCGCGCUCGCUACAGGGCGAGGAAAUUCGCCGCUCCUUCGACUCCAAAUUCGCCGAACUCUACCACGAUCUCGACAUGGGCUUCUCCCCCGUCAACUUCAUGUUAUCCUGGGCGCCCCUUCCCCACAAUCGCGCCCGUGACCACGCACGCGAGACCAUGAUCGAGCUCUAUUCCAACAUUGUUCGCAAGAGGCGCGCAGGCGUAGCGAAGGACUCGCACGACAUGAUCUGGCACUUGAUGGACUGCAAAUACAAGGACGGAACUCCUGUUCCCGAGCACGAAAUCGCCGGCAUCAUGAUCGCCCUCCUCAUGGCCGGACAGCACUCAUCUUCCUCGACUAUCGCCUGGAUCCUCCUCCGCCUCGCGCAAAACCCGCACAUAAUCGAAGAGCUCUUCGAGGAGCAAAAGACAGUCCUCGGCGCCGACCUCCCAGCCCUCACCUACGAGGACCUCCAGAAACUCCCCCUGCACGCUCAAGUCGUCAAGGAAACCCUUCGCAUCCACGCCCCGAUCCACUCGAUCAUGCGCAGAGUCAAACAGCCCCUCGUUGUCGAUGGCACAAACUUUGUAGUCCCCACCUCGCACACCCUCAUGUCCUCGCCCGGCUUCUCCGCCCAACUCGACUCGCACUUUGCCAACCCCUCACACUGGGACCCCCACCGUUGGGACGCGGGUAACUCGCAGUACGACGAGGAGGCGGACGAAAAGGACGACGAGAAGAUUGAUUACGGAUGGGGCGUUGUGUCCAAGGGCACGAAUUCUCCUUAUCUUCCCUUUGGCGCAGGCAGACAUCGCUGCAUUGGCGAGCAGUUUGCCUACUUGCAACUUCAGACCAUCCUCGUUGCGUUUGUCCGCGAGUUCAAAUUGAGGAAUGUGGGUGGCAGUCGGGACAUUAUUGGUACCGAUUACACCAGUUUGUUCUCGAGGCCCUUGGCGCCUGGUAUCAUCGAGUGGGAGAGGAGGGAGAAGGUCGAGUAG